UCCCUUCUCUCUCUCCACAGCCGUCGUCAUCUACUGCCAGUGGCCUGACAAGGACAAAACCAUCAUCUUCCAAAUGCAAUAAUCUUCUUCCCCUUCUUCCUCUCCCUCUCCUCCUCCUUUCAUCCCUUUCUUCUUCUCUUUUCUUUUUCCUUGGGCAACCUUCCUUUUCACACAGUCCUUCUCAUCAAUACCCAUCCAUUUAUGUGAUGUGUAUUGAUUAUUAAAAAAGUAUCACUUCCAAGUACAAUCUCCUAUUUCUAUUAUUGCUUACUUUUUAUUGAUCUUCUUAAAAGAAUAGAGAGAGAGAGAGAGAGAGAGAGAGAGAGAGAGAGAGGGUUUUGAAGCCAAAAAUGGGGAGAGUUAAGCUUCAAAUAAAGAAAAUAGAGAACACAACUAAUAGGCAAGUCACUUUCUCUAAAAGGAGAAAUGGACUAAUCAAGAAAGCCUAUGAACUUUCUAUUCUUUGUGAUAUUGAUAUUGCUCUCAUCAUGUUCUCUCCUUCUGGAAGACUCAGCCUCUUCUCAGGGAAGAAAAGGAUCGAAGAUGUUCUGUCCCGCUUCGUUAAUCUUCCGGAGCAUGAACGGGGCCGGCUGCAUAAUCAAGAGUUUCUCCAAAGGACUCUUCAGAAGCUGAAGUGCGAAAGCGACAUAGCAUCACAGUUGGCUAAUAGAAGCAGCAGCCCAAGCAGUGUAAAUUCUCACGUGGAGGAUCUUCAGCAAGAAAUCAAUAGAUAUCAGUAUCAACUAGAGGAUGCGGAGAAAAGACUAAGGAUUUUUGAAGGUGAUCCGCUUAAAAUAACAUCAUUUCGCGAGGCUGAGUACCAUGAGCAGAUACUGGAAGAAGCCUUAAGUCGCGUACGAAUGCGCAAACAAGCUUUGGAAGGUAAAUAUCUUGCACCUGCGCUCCAGACAAAUCCACAGAUAUAUCUGCAACCACAGAAUGCAAAUGGCAACGGAUUCAUCACAGGGGAUUCAAAUCAAAUGUUGGAUUGGCUUCCGCAGAAAGAUCCACAGACCCAAAUAUUGAAUUUUCUAGACUCGAAUGGACUGCUUCCAUUACGGGAACAAACACAGCCCUUAGCCGAAUACUUGCCACCAACAUCGACGACGACCUACUCAACACUCAUGCAUGCAAACGGGUUGCCCCUCGCCGAUCACUUUAAUGUGGGUAAUGCAAGUAAUGACAUGAAGCAUAAUGACAUGCGUCAAGCAGCAUUCGGACACGUUGAUAUGAACAUGUCCCCGUGGUCUGAUCAUUACCCGAGCAGCGGGACUGGGCUCGCAUCUACUGUUACUUCAAGCCACUACUCUUUGGCACAAGUAAGGUUGCCAGGGGAUCACAGCUCCAGUGCUGCAGAGCCACGAAGACGAACUCUCCUCGAACUGUUCUUAUCUCAACCCCCGCCCUGAAGCCGACAUGCCUUCUUCUUUCUAAACUUGAAAUCAACUAUCAAACAAGAGAGAGAGAGAGAGAGAGAGAGAGAGAGAGAGAGAGAGAAAUGGGUCUUUUGAAUCAAUAUCAUAGCAGUUUGGUGUUUGUUUUUUAGGUUUGUUUGAGCUCUGGAACUAAAUGAAAUAAGAUGACUUAAAAUUUCGUUUCUUUCCUUUUUUAAAUUUCUUUUCUCUUUCAUUAACUUCUGAGAAUGGGAACCAAACAUGGGAAGUUAUGGACUUGAAACUGAAAGGGUUGAAAGGUAUUGUGAUAUUUGGUAGUGUUAUGUUGAAAAAAGAAUUUUCUUAUGUUUUGAUAUUCUUUUUAUAAGUUUAAAACAAUGUUGACAGCUUCGUAGGG